AUGCAGCAGCACCAGCACCAGCACCAGCAGCAGCAGCGGCCGCCGCCCGGCAUGGUGUGCCAGACCCAGCUCGGGGGCGCCGAGGAGGAGCCGCAGGGGGGGGCGCCCCCGCCCCCGCCCCGGCCGGCCCAGGAGCCCCCCCCGCGCGCCCCCGCCGGGCCCCCCGCCGUCAGCAUCCGCGAGUUCCAGCCGGGGCAGCGGGCGGAGGCGCGGCGCAUCUUCUACGAGGGCAUCCUGGAGCGCGUCCCCAACACGGCCUUCCGCGGCCUCAAGGACCAGCCCUGCGCGCAGCUGGCCUACGGGGCCAUGGCCGUCAUUUGCUUUGUUGUGACCAAGUCCUUGCUGCUGACCUGCUGUUUACCCAUCUUUCUAUUGGGUAUGAGGUACUACUUCAGUAGAAAAGUUAUCCUCAGCUAUCUGGAGUGUGCCCUGAAUACGGACAUGUCUGAUAUUGAGCAAUAUUACAUGAAAUCGCCAGGUUCCUGCUUCUGGGUGGCCAUGCUGGACGGCAACGUGGUGGGGAUUGUGGCCGCCCAAGGCAACGAAGAAGACAACACACUGGAACUGCGUCGGAUGUCUGUCGACUCCAAAUACCGUGGUAAAGGGAUUGCCAAAGCUUUGGGUCGCAAAGUGCUGGAGUUUGCCAUGAUCAAUAACUAUUCCUCCGUCGUACUGGGAACCACAGCCGUGAAGGUAGCAGCCCACAAGUUGUAUGAGUCUUUAGGAUUCAAGCACGUGGGUGUGGUCGAACACUACACUCUGCCGGGGAUGACGCAUUCUCUACUCGAGCAAGUAUUUUUCCAGCUUCGCUAUCACCGCUACUGCCUGCAGCUGCGUGAAGAAUAACACACACACACCCUUGUUAAUUUUGUUCCUCCCGAAAUCUUCUCUGGGGGUGUUUUGUGGGAGUUUUCGGUCACUGUUUGCAGUUUUCCUCUUUUUGUUUCUUUGUCUUCAUUUAAUUUUAUUCCUUUGCUUUGUACAGAUUGCUUGUACAAACUAGAGUCCUCCUUUUCGGACACGUGAGUAGAAUGAUGGUGCUAACGCCCGGGGGGGGGGGUCAGGCUGGCUGUCCUUGAGGCGGACGAUUGUUCAGUAGCCCAGGAGGUCAUGGUGGGACUGUCUCUGCCUUUCCUUCUCAUCUUAUCUUGCCCAGGUUACUUACAUAAGCACAGAAACUUUAAAUAUGUUAUCAAUACUGCUUGCCCUUUGUGUGUAAAUAGUGUGUGCCCCCUUGCCCAAAAUAUUUAAAAAAAGUAUUGAUAGACUUCAUUAUACAGCUAAGUGCAGAGAUCUGACUUGACCGCAUUUCUCAGUAUUUUAUGGAGGAGUAUAUAUGUUCAUUUUACUGUAACACCUUGGCUAAUAAUAUUGAAAGAAAAUGUGAAAAGCCUGCUUGCUCCAGUGCAUGAAGAGGAAGUGUUUGCAUGCUUAUUCCAACAAGAGCAGCGGCCAAGCGGGCUUAGAUGUUGCACUUCUUGGAUGCGCCUCCGAAAGAAUCCUGGUGCAUCCAAACAUUAUGACUCAUUCCUUUCUCCUCCUUUCUUUCCUAAGCCAGCAAAUACACUUGAAGCGUUUUGAACCCUGAGCCCAGUGUAACAAAUGUAAAUGUGUGUAUAUACAAAAACCUGCAGCUCUGUGCCAGACAUCUCUACAUGCAGUGGAAUACCUUUGGGUUUCAUUAGACUGUCGUGUAUGACUUUUAUUUAUUGCUAUUUUUUAAUUUCCUCAUGAAGUUCUCGCUUUAGCUGACUGGUUGAACUGAGGUGUGAUAGGGCCUCAGUUUCUAUGGCGACAUGCUCGUAUGCUAAUUUGCGCACCAAUCUAAAUGCUUUGGGAAAGCAAUAUGAAAAAAGGGAGAGAGUGUGAAAGGCAGCGGGAGAAGCCGAGAGGCUGCGUCGAUCAGGAGCUAGCAGAGUAGUUGAGCCAGCCAUGAAUUCACUGCUGCUUUAAUGACGUCCAAUGCAUCAAUUGCACAGUAUGAUACCAACAGCAAUGCAACCUAGUUCUGGCAUGCGCCUGUGCCCAGUCUGCGUGUGAAGUGCCUGCCACCAAAAGUUACAGCAACUUCAAGCUUGAAAUGCCAAUUUUUAUAGUUUAUUUCAAGAAACAGCAACUUUGCAUGUAGUAUAUCUUGAUGGAAAUCAGCAGGUUUUAAGUUUUUUAAACAAUGAUGUAUUAAGAAACCUUAAGAACAUUUCUGAUUGCACUUAAUUUUGGUUGAGUCAAAGAUUGCACCUCUCGAAGAGGAGCCCCCUUUUAACGUAUCCCUUGCAAAUAAAAGAGAAUGGCCAUUAGGCAAGGCCAAGGAACAUUUCUGAAGUAAAGAGGGACCCUUUUCAUGUCUGCUAAAGCCAAGAGUGGAGUUGCCAACUCCAGGAUAGGAGUUUCCUGGUGAUUUUGGUGGUGGAGCCUGGGAAGGCCAGGUUUUGGGGAGGAGCAAGACCUCCGCACGGCACGAUGUCUCCAGGAAAACUGAUCUCUAUUUUGUGGCAAUCAGUUAUAAUUCCAGGAGAUUGCAAGUCCUCCCCUGGAGGUUGGUACCCCUAGUCAAGAGGAAACGAUGCUGUCAUCAGACGAAAAGAGCCGUAUGUAGUGUUCACGAGAGGUAGUGGUGUGCAAACCAACUCUUGUUUUGCAGUGUUGCUGAAAUUCAGCAGUUUGAAGAUAAGAGUCAGAUCACUGACUACCGGUAGAUAUGAGAGUCCGAUUUCUGGCUCCCAGUAGAUUAUCCAGGCCUGCUCCUGAAACAAAACCAGUUAAGUCUAAUUCAAGCACCCUGAUUAAACUUGCAGCAGCACCCAUAAUAUUCCUUUCAAGUGACUCGGAGGAGACUGAGAAGCUCAUCAAGAUGAGGGCUGCUGUCACAAAAGAGAGAUUCCACCACUUGACCGAGUGGCAGCACACAAAAAAGCCCCCAAAUAGUAUGUACAAAAUCCAGAACUCUUCCCCCUCCCCCCUUCUUAAUUAGUUGAUGUCCUGACAGUGCUGGUUUGCUUCUCGCCAUCAUCUUUAUUAACCCUAAAAACAAGAGCAUCAAUUCAUGUCCCAGCAAUAAAACAAAUGGGUAUCAGUUGAGUUUGAUUUAUAGAGUGUGCCUGUUGGAACAGAGCGUGUGUGAGUGUGGGUUGUGUUUUUUCCUCAACUAUUUCUAUGCUGAAGUUGAAAUGUGUUUUGUUGGAAGGUGUAGGAUAGAGGUGUAUAGUGUACAGAAAUUGGUAAAAUAUUUUUUAGCUGUUUUUGGUGAUUUCAUUAAUCUGCGUAACACAGAAUAAUAUUAUAAAAUGUUAGGAAAAGUGGAAAAAACCUUCUUGUGCCUUUUAAUUAUUUUUUGUUCCUCUGUUAUCAUUGCACUAAAUUAUUUCUGGAGAAACAGUUACAGUAUCUAGCCUGAACAACCUGCUGAUGGACAAGACAUGAAGUCUAAAUUGAAUAUUAUUUUUACCUGAGGCACUUAAAGAACAUGAUGGGUUUUGAUUCCUAUUCUUGUGUAGUUUACCACUUUCAUAUCUGAAAAGGCCCUUGGAAUUCAAGCCUUACCACAGAAGUGUCAGUGAAACAUUAGAUUACCUCUAAGAGAGCAUUUUGGAAUAAGUUUUUAAAAAUAGAUGGUUUUUGAAGUGUUAUUCCUCUUGCUAGAGAAACACAAGCAGGUGUCACCUCUCUCUUGAACUACAAUUCUUUCACUUCAGCUUCCUUUUUUGGAAACUGAGAGCAGACUGUGAUGUUCUGGUUCUGACAUGGUACAGCCCUUCUAAGUGGAAAAUGCAUAGGAAAAGGAUGUACCAUGAUGAAAGGGAUAGGUGCAACUCAGAGUCAAAAUUCAAAGAAACUUUGUACCCAAAAAGCUUACAGCUCCUGUCCUAAACAGGCAACUCCCCACAGAUUUAAAUGAGGCGAACACCUCUUGUAUUUCCUCAGCUAGCUCGAGGGGGGAAAUGUCAAAGAUUAAAAAAACAGCCAAAAAUUUAAUAUGUGCUCAAAUACAUAGAAUACGUUUUAAAAAUUCUAGAAAAAGGUUGUAGGCAGAUUUGAUAGUAGAUUUUCUUUUGAACAAGAAACACUCUGUAAUUAUUUGAAGCUGAUAGGAAAGUACCACUCUUUAUAGUAAAGAAAAGAAGGGCCCUCACUCUGUGCCACGUCCAGAGUGUCUCUGGGAAAAUGUGUGAAUUACACUUAAAACUGUAGCACAAAACCCUACAGAGGACAAAGCAAAGUAAGUUUUAUUAAACAAGUCUAAAAGAUCACAGUAAAUAUGCUCAAAACUGGACGCAAUAAGUAAGUGCUUAAAUGUGAAUUAAAGAUGGCUGGGGACAAAAAAGGUAAAUUAAGAGUGCUUUGUAUUACAAGACAACAGCAGUAGAGAACAGGCAUUUCAGAAACCUGACAGAUUCAUGAAAUAAAAGAUUUCAGUUGUCUGUGGGUAUAAAUCUGUGAAAGGAGACAGGGUAGAUAACAGUGUUUUGCUUUU